CGAUUAACACCUAAAACACUUUAGUUCAUAAAACAUAUAUUUUCUAAAAAAAAACGGAAUUGCUGAACUGUGACAAAGAUGCUCAUUCCAGAGGUUGACAUGUGGAAUGUGUCCAAGAGUAGCCGGAUACACCGCCUUUCGAUCUUCAAUUGCGAUAAGCCUGGACUGAAAGUGUUGGACUACGCCGCAGUCCGGGGAGUUGAUAGGUUCUACUUGGAGUGCCAGGACUACAGGGAUUAUUUCAAAGACCCCUAUAAUCGAGUCCACAAGCCGAUAAGGUUUACCUCGUAUGCGGGCAAGUGCGACGUAAAGUUGGAUACCGACGUUGAGGUCCUUUCUGAGCCGACCUUGUGGCGUAUUGAUCGCCAGCCCAUCGUCUAUCCGAUCGACUAUCACUCGGAUAUGGCACUGGGUAGACGGGACUGCGAUCACAUUAAAGCCUUUUGUUCGCCAGCUGAGAGCCUAAGCUUCAAGCGAUAGGUUGCUGUUGCCAUUUUUGUCAGAUUAAAUACAGUUUUAAGCAUUGC